CUGCUCUGCUCAUAUAAAUCAAACCUCCAUUGCUGCCAACUCCACACGUCAAUUGCGCCCCCUUAAUUUGCAGCGCCAUGGGCAGCAACAGUCAGGCCAGUGCCGCCGCCAGAGCGGAGAUCGAUACCAGCGCCCCAUUUAGGUCGGUGAAGGAAGCCAUCCUGCUCUUCGGCGAAAAGGUUUUGGCCGGCGAGAUCUACGCAAGCCGCCUUAAUCAGUUUCGCGCCACGGCGAACAGAGGCGAGCACGAAGGCGCGCGUCUGAGCUGCGUAGUGACGGAAUUAGAAGAGGCCAGGCGUAAGUUAGCGAAGGCCAAUGAAGAGCGUUCCACGUUGAAGUGUUGCCUCGCCUCGCUUCAAGCGGAGCUGGAGAUCACGAGGUUAGAGCUCGCGCAACUCAAGGCGGAAGAUGGGCACGAGAGGAGGAUCAAGGACAUUGGGGAAGUCGAGGUCGAGGCGGAGAGCACCAACAGCCGCGCCGUGGAGUUUCAGAAGAGGAGGCGGGUCGCGUAUCCUCCGGCGGUUCGGGAGGAGCAAGCGCUGUUGCAGAGGCAAAGCUCGGUGAUGCAGGAGGAGGAGAAGAAGAGCAAGAAGUGGCAGCAGCUGUUUCCUCUCAUUGCUGGACUCUUUGCGAAGAAGGAACACCAAUGAGACUAAAGAGAGGGAUUGUGUCCAUGCUCUGCCGCUGCUGCUAUUGCUGCUUCUGCUUCAAAUAUUGAUUUAUAAAUAGGAUGUAGAUAAGGCAAUACUGUUCUCUGUUUUCUGAACAACAAAUUGGAUUGAUCAAUCCAUUCGUUUGAGUUGAGACUGAUAAGUGCAUUUCAAUCGCAGUUGAUCUUUUAAAAGUGAAUCUUUAUGACUAUAUAUAUGCUUUUAGAAGUGAAUCAGUUAAAGGAUGACAAUGAACAAGCACUCAAAAUGAUACCUUAUAUCAGCACUGACUCCAAACAGUCUAAAUUUUGAUUCCUUAAAAAGCAUUCCUUUCUCACCACACAGAUUACACAUCCUUUUUGGGAUUGACUGCAACCGAAGUUCCACCCUCCAUAUCUCCAGAGAAUCUUACCAUGAAUGCUCGGGCAUCCUCAGACCUACGAACAAUCAUUCCUCAUAAAAAAAAAAAAAAAUCAACAAAACACAACUCCAUUCUCCACGCAGCAGUCUAAAAAAGAUGUUACGAAAGUUAUUUACAGAGA